UUGUGGUCUGAGGAUUAGCUCGUGCAUAAAAAUUCACUUGGAAGACGAAAAGUGAUUCAGCAUUCAGUUUUAACCUAACCGUCGACCAUUUGUGACGUGUUUUCUCCAGGUGCGCAUCAUAUCGCGUGCUCAUCCGGCAUUUUCCGACUCAUUCCAUUAUAUUUAUAUGUGUCAAAACUCUACAAGUUAUUUUUUUCUGUUUUUGGUGUAUACAAUAGAAAGGAAGAAAUCUGAUGGAAACAAUAAUUAUCUAACAAAGUUAUUAAUGUGAAGUGUGAUGUUCGAAGUGAUGUUAAAAAUAGCCUAUGUCUCUAGCUCCUCGCGUAUUUAAAGUGUUAACAGUAUAUAUUUCGGGAAAAAAAGAAACCAAAUUGUGGCAGCAGCACCUGAUGCUGUUUAUCUGCAAUUAAAGCUUGUUUCCAUUUAUUGCCAAUCGUGUGAGCAUCGGAACCUGUUCCCCUGAAGUUUGUAUAACGGAUCGACGGUUUUCAAGGAUUUGAACAAAAUGUUGCUGCGAAAUGGCAUAAGGUUAAUUUUGCUGCUAAUGUGCGUGAUCUCACCGCUCGAGGCAGCUCCUGACGGUCGUCGUUCGACCGGUGCUGCAGUAACGGUGAUUAAAGGAAAUGAGAACGAAACAUUCAAAUCGGCCAAAUCAUUGGCGUCUAGCGGCAGGUCUAAGAAAGCGAGCCACAAGUCCACACCAAUUACCUACAUUACAACGCUAGCCGAGACAGGGCAUCCGCAGCACUACGCGAAACCCCACUCCAAGAAGAGCAGCAAAUUGGUUACGAAGUUCCAUGACGACAAAGAACAGCACAGUAAAAGUAAACUCAAACAUCACUAUUGGGAAAAGUCAACGGGGAAGUCACUCGAAGUUAUCCCGAAAAAAGAGCCUUUGGAUAAUCCAGCACUGCUCAGUAAACUGGGCCUCGGAAAACUGCACAUCUCAAACAGUCAUCACAAAAAACGAUUAGCGGUGGAAUCGCGACAUCACGGUCGACCUGAUGACUCACAUAUGUUCGUUAUCAAGCUGCCACCAAAUCCCUAUUACUACACCAACAAUGGACCGGUUCCGGCGCCGAAUGCGAUCGAGGAUAUAGGCAGAAAGAUACCAGUAGGUUUCAAGUCCAACGGCAAACCGGGACGUAUCUAUCACUGGAAUAUUCCGGUGCUGAAGAAAAUCCUGGGCGGCAACCAGAGUCGUAGCCCGAAUUCUCGCCAUCAUGACAACAUCGAUGAGCUAAUCGAUAUCAAAGAUAUCUCAACAUGGAACAAACCCUGGGAGAACGAAACAUUGGACAAAUCAAUGAUGAAGUACACUGCGGCCGACCAGGGCGAAAAGCCCCAGAGGAAAAAAACCCCAACAUAUUAUGCACCGAUAAAAGCGAAAAAAAGCACUCAUGGAAAAUACUACGCCAGCAAUGGCAAACCACAAAGCUUCUACGUGAUCGAGCAGAGCCAGAAGAAUAUGAAACCAAUCCAGCAUCACAAAUUGAUUUCGUAAGACACUUGCGAUGAUAAUCAUCUUUUUGCCAGUCUGAUAGAAGUAGGGAUGAAGAGAAGGAGUAAAUAAUAACUGAAAUUAAGUAUUCUCAUUCAAGCAACGUUAGGGGUAAAGCUUUAUGAGCGAAACAAGAGCUUUUUAUAUACAAAAGGCAAGUUAAAAUUUUUGGUUUGUGUCUUCGACAAUGAUUCCAUUCAUUUUAUCGUCAACUCGACGCAGGAAAAUUGUCGCAAGACCCAAACCGAAGCGAUCAAUUUUCAAAUAAUUUUGGAACAUAUUUUUCGUUUGUAAUUGCAUUCUCGUUUGAGUAACCUAGGUAUAAAUAUUAUUUCCCUGAUUUGAACGUCACCAGAACUUGAGCAAAGUAUCAGUUAAUGAUCGUAUGGUUAUAUUUUCAAUGGCGUUAGCCUAUGGUUUUCAAUUGAGAAUAUCACAUUUUGCUCAUGGGUAUUAGCAUAUACAAUAACAAACAUAUUUUAUUGAUUAUUGCAUAAUUUCGAAUUUAGAUGAUAUGUCGUCAACUGAAACUAUUCGGAACAAAUUUUAUACAUGAAGACUUUAAACUUUCCUUGUUUAUUGAAAUAUUGACUUCAUUUUGAUAUUCUUGAAAGAAUGAUACUUUUUAGCUAUUAGGAAUAAAGCGAAGGAAAACCAUUCCAAAACAAAAGUUUAAGGAUGCACAAGCUAUUUUUCAUUGCUUGAAAACAUGAAAACAAUACAAAAAAAAAGGAAACAAAAAUUAAAAUGAAUGUAAGAAUGUCGUCGAGCAUUCGGACGGAGACACUGAUCGUUUGUGCGUCAGCGGUUACGUAAACGAAGUUUUAUUCCUAAUAAACCCAAUGUUUCGAAUAGACCCAGUUGAAGGUAUUAUCCGAUAGGUUUAGUAUGUAGGCCUGAAAACAAGAGCAAUCGAAAGACUAAAAGUUUUAAAGUAGUAUUAGGAGUAUUGUAAAAUACCAUAUCAUCAGUGAUAUAUUAUUCGAUUUUGGAAUUCCACAUUUUUGAUCGGUACAGCAAAUACUGGUUUCAAUAAAUCAUUCCAAGUCUGUAACAAUUUUUUUGUAAAAAUAUACAUCAGUAUCUAUAAACGUUUUGCAAUGAAAACGUUUUAAAUAUAA